GUACGCCAAGCUGGGUCAUGCAUUUACCAUCUUUUUCGUUCUCUACGUGACCAUCAUUGUGUUCGCGAUCACUCGCGUAAUUUCUGCAAUAUUUUUGCGGGACACACUUGAAGCUGCGAGCAACGAUGCAGAGAUGCUGGUGCAAGAGAAGAUGAAGAAGAAGUCCGCCUAUGUGAUGAAGCUAAAGUCGCUGUUUCAGGCGCUGGAUGCCACCGGCAAGGGCAUCAUCACUCAGGAUGUUCUCAAUCAGCUGCUUGAGGAUCCCAAGGUCAUCGCGCACUUUCAGACACUGGAACUGGACGUGCACGAAGGUGCUGCUCUUUUCCACUUGUUAGAUGACGGAGACGGUGAAAUCACGUGCGAGGAGUUCAUUGAUGGCAUCCUCCGGUGCCAUGGACCUGCGCGAGCAAUUGAUCAGCUGGCAAUGCAUGCUGAGAUGCGACAGCUGGGUGAUGCCAUGUCGCAUAUAAAGAGUGCCCUUGAGCAGGCCAACAUCAUCUCCCCACGGAGCAAGAUGCGAAGCACCUACAGGCUGAGAGCGAAUGCAAAAACCUUCCGUCACCUCCAUGCCUUCCGCAUACCCAUGAUGCCAGAGGACGCGGUGCAGCCAAAGAGAAGCGAGAGCAGCCGAGAACAGAUCACGAAUUGGCGGCUGGCGAACGGCGUGAAGAGCCCAGGAUCGGAGCUCUGA